AAAGGUGUGUGCGUGAACAGCGCGUGCUCAGUGCAGAGCUGUAACGUGUUAUAACAGGACCGACUCUCCCAGUACAAAAUUCCGGAUAUCUCUUAGUGUCUGGGAAUCCGAGUCGGUUCUAACGCUUUCAGCGAGUUUGUAAUGUUCUAACUGUGUGUUCUGAGAAAAAUCUGAGAUCUCUACAAUGCUGGGCGCAUCGCGGAUUCUGGAGAAGGGGCCCGGGUACUUGAGGAAGCAGAUGGAGCUCGAGCGCGAGGGCAAAGCGCGCGCGAGCGCAGCCGAGAGACUCGCGGCCACUAAGCCUAAUUAUGUAAAGAGCCCUCAGGUAACGAGUUCACCUUCCGCCCCGGAGUCAGAUACCGGUACAGGUUCCCCAUGUGGCCGUGGGUGCACCGACCGGAGUGCACCUGAUCCCGGUAGAUCUGCAUGCGAACAGGAAGAUAUAAAUACCGUGAAGCGAAACAGCUCCAAGAAACGACCGGACUCGAUCUUACUCUACAGACAGAAGUGCGACCUGCAGAGAGGAGUACCGGGAGCGAACUACCGGCGCAAACGGACAUUACUCAAAUCACUGAGAGAGAGAAACAUCGCGGGCGCUCCGGUCUCACCGGCUCAGGGCAAUGCAAGUUCAUCGGGCUCGGACCAAGCUCAUGAGGAGGAGGAGGAGAAGAAGAAGGAGGUGGACAAAGAUAAAGACAACAGUAACGAGAACGGCCCGGUGCUGCGGCGCCCCGAGCGCGUGAACUUGGCGAGGAGAGCCAUUGAAGGAGGAGGGUCCGAGUCGGAGCGCGCGAGGAAGGGGGUGUCGCGCUCGCACUCCGACAUCAGCUCGCGCUACUCCAAAAACUUCGCCGAUUUCGACGCGUUUUUUAAAUACUGCGGCCUCGAGAGUGACGUCGUGGAGUCCAUGGGCCAGGAAAACUUCUCCUCGCGCUCGGAUGAGCAUGAACUUUCCCACGCAAAGAUUCGGAGCGUAAGCAUGGCUAUGUCGGACGGCGAGAUUUCGCACACCAGCGGUGACAUUGAUGGGCUUCAAGAGGAAGAGGUGAAAGAGACUCGCCCACAAGGUUCGUCCGUCAUAGAGCGCAACGCUCGAGUGAUCAAAUGGCUGUACAGCUGCAGGAACGCAAGUCAGUCUGGGAAAACGCUGCGAGAUCUGGAUUAAUCACCUCUGGAUUAAACACCUCUGAACCUGGCAUUAACGCAACACCGGCAUGAAGAAAUCGAGACAUGUCAAAGAGUCUCCAGCUCCACCUCAAAAGUGUUCCACUAUGACCUCGAAUAUUUUAAGGUGUUUGUUUACUUGUCUGAGAAUUUUCCAAGGUCUUUAGCAACAACAAUUCGAAUUAGCGAAUCAAGAUCCUCUUGAGGCGUCUUCAUGCAAACAGCGUAAACGAUUCAACCCUGUCCAGAUGUCACAACCCCACUCUCUUGUUUUCCUCAAAAAUUCCAAAGUUGGUCAAUUCACAGGUUCUACUGUGUUCAAAGCGAAAUUACAACAUGUAAUUCCCACUUACAAUGCAGUAAAACCUACAGAAAAUGUCGCCUCAGCUUGCAAGUCAUCUUCUCAAAUCCCUCGUUUAUUAGUGCCAACAAAUAAACAUGGCCGCUCACGCUAACAGUGAUUAGUUUAUAACAACAGUGGCUUUAGCUUAGUUAAGAUACAGACAGAGAACUAAGUUAAAUCAAUAACAUAGCACAAACUAGUCACUGGUUUGAGUAAGUCAUCAUCGACAUUAGCGUUAUCACUCAUAUCACUCAUGUUAGCCGGCUAGCUUGUUGCUAAGCUACAUGCUAUCAUCCACGGUUGUUUCUGCGUGCUGUAAAAGUACAGUUAAAGUAAAAGAGCAAACAUAAUACACACUUUUCACAGAGCUCUCCACUUUAUACAUCAAACGUCCUGAGGUGGGAAAUGACGAUAUAACAACUUAGCACUUACAUCAUGAGCAUCAUUCGUGUCUGUAAAACAUUCCACAUCCUUUCUCCUUCAGAGAAUCUGACAUUUUUAUUCAGGCUUAAGCUGAAAAGUAAACCUUCUCCGAUCAAAAAUCACAAAUCCAUGAAUUCCUAAAGAUGUUUGAUAUUUUGUUAUAUAGAUAGAUAUCUAUUUUUUUGAAGAAGCUUCAGAAAUGACACGUCGUCUGUUAUUUGGAGAUUUACUCUCGCUGUAACUCACAGCACCUUGUAUUUUUAUUUUUUUAAUAUUGUAUUUUUAAGGGAGCCUGGCUUCUCAAAAAUGUCUUAAUUUAUCAAAACGCAUACUGUAUCAGUGUCUCCUUUAUGCUAAGUGUUUGUUCUCUGUAUCGUGUAAUGGUGUAACAGUGUACAGGAACAACAGACUAGUAUACACUCCAGAGGAUAUAUUUAUAGAUCUAUGCGUAUGUUUUACUUCCUGUUUAAGAACAUUAGGACUUCCUUCCUGUGUGGCAAAAGUCUUAGACCACCCUUGAAAAUGUCAUUAUGCUGUUUAGCCUGACAGCAACCAUACUGUAUAGAAAUGAAUAUGGAUAUAUAAAUAAUUCCAUGGAUUUAUUAAUAAGAGCAGACAAUUUUAUAAUGUAGUCAUCAGUUACAGUCAUGUUGAGGUUACAGUGAGGUUUGGUAAUAAGUAAGGAAUAUGCUGUUAGACAGAGGGAGUGGUGAGAGGCUUAGUGGUUAGCAUUGUUGCCUCACAGCAAGGUCCUGGUUUCGAAUACCGGGUUCGAACAGACAGGGCCUUUCUGUGUGGAGUUUCCAUGCUCUCCCCGUACCUGUGUGGGUUUACUCCGGGUACUCCGGUUUUUUCCCACAGUCCAAAAACAUGUACAUUAGGUUGAUUGGUAAUUCCAAAUUACCCAUAGGAGUGAGUGUACGUGUGUGUGGUUGUCUGUCUGUGUGGCCCUGUGAUGGACUGGUGACCUGUCCAGGGUGUACCCCUGCCUUUCACCCAAUGUGUGCUGGGAUAGGCUCCAGCAGAUCCCCGUGACCCUGAUUAGGAAUAAAGCGGGUAUAGACAAAUGGGUUUAUUUAUUCCUCUUAUACUACAGCACUAUGCUAGUUACAUUAUUAGUGAUUUAUUGGAUGAAAUAUCAUUUUUAUAGCUACAUUGAAUGGAGUGAAACAUCCAAAUUAGUUCCUGUUAUCACUUACACUGUAACAGUAUAACAGUAUUGUUUCUUCCCCAGCAUCGCUCUCCUGUUGUAAGAAAAAAACUCCACACUUGUCAUUUUACGAGGAAACCAAAAAUCACACUAUGUUACUGCUACACAAAGCACUGAAACUGGAGACUCCUUCCAGAUACAUUAACCCUCCUGUUAUCCUCAAAUUUACAAACAUGUUUUGCACUUGGGGUCAGCCAUUUAAACCUCCAGAUUAGAAUUUUUUACCAAGGUUUUUUUGGGAAAAAAAGUUUUGGGACGUCUGCCUUUACAUGCACAUGAAUGUAAUAUGGAGUUGUCCCACCCUUUGCAGCUCUAACAGCUUCAACUCUUCUGGGAAGGCUUUCCACAAGGUUUAGGAGUGUGUUUAUGGGAAUCUCUCUCUAGAAGCGCAUUUGUGAAAUCAGGCACUGAUGUUGGACGAGAAGGUCUGAAGUUCCUCCACACCAAACUCGCUCAUCCAUGUCUUUAUGGACCUUGCUUUGUGCACUGGUGUACAGUCAUAUUGGAACAGGAAGGGGUCAUCCCCAAACUCUUCCCAAAAAAAAAAAAUGGGAUCAUGAAAUUGUCCAAAAUGUCUUGGCAUUAAGAGUUCCUUUCACUGGAACUAAGGGGCCAAACCUAACCCCUGAAAAACAACACCUGAAUUCAAUGAUUUGGAGAGGUGUCCCAAAACUUUUGCCAAUAUAGUGUAUAAAACAUAACCCCAACCCACCCCAUUCUCCUAAAUACCCAGAAUUUCUUUUGUGCGACUAUAAAAAAUGUACAAAUCACCAUAAAAUCUCAGUGACUGACCUCAAAAUUGGACAGAUUUUUGUUCUUUAUACCAUUUUGAAAGUAGUACAAUUUCUGUUAUCAAUGAUAGUAGCAUGUCUUUUCCUCUGGGUCUCUGAGAAAUGAUGUUUCCCCCUCCACCAUGUCGUGUGAACUCUCAGUGGUUCUCGCAGUACCACAGGUAUAUUUACGUAAGGUUACAGCUCUAAAGCAGAGGGAUGCUCUUGAAGAUUAUAAAAUUGAUUGAUAUAAAGACCUCAAUAUAAUGACCCCAAGGAACACUGAUGCCACAACAUGUGUACAGGACACUGAAAACAUAUUAUCACGAUGAGUUUAUGUUUACCUGGUUGUCCCCAAGGUUAAUAGAAGGGUUCAAAUAAAAUGGACAAACUCCUUAUAUAGAAAGCAUAUACACACUAUAUUAAGCCAUUAUGUGGAGCGUCUGUAAGCCGAAACUCUGCGUAAGCUGUUGCUAUUGAAACUAAUAACGUAGGACAAGCGCAUUAACGUCCAAACUUAGAGACAGAACUACUGUCCAAGCUGCGGUUACAGAAUAUUAAGCAACACUUUCUGACCAAUCAGAUUUGAGAAUUGAACAGCGCUGUGAUAUCAGUGCGUUUCUCAACAAUUCUUCAUCUGAUUUACUUUUGUGACUGAAGUAAAAUCUUUAAUAUAGA